ACUCCUCCAGCUGGUCCAUAUGGCAUUAUGGCUCAUUCCACAUAUGAUUGAUCUCAUAGAUAUUAAAAAAAUUUCAGUUUGAUUCAAUCGUGAGAGAGUAGCAAUAGCCAUUGCCAUGGCAGAAAAUGCUAAUGAAGACUUGAUCGAGUACUUCCUAGAGAACGAUGAUGUCGAGGAUAACAGAAAUGGAAGUGAGGACGACGACGAGAUCGGUGCUCAAAAGUUGGCUUCUUCUUCUUCUUCGUCUUCUCCGUUCUUCUCUCAGCAAUGGCCGCAGAGCUUCAGGGAAACAAUUGACUCUUACUCAAUUGCUGCAUCACCAGGCGUGGGACUUUUGAGGCGUGGAUCUAGCAUUGCCUUUUCACCAUAUGAUACUAAUAAAAGUCAUGUAGACUCUGAGGAGAAAGAAAAUUUGAUCCCUGAAGCUACAAAACCCAACCAGAAAGGUUUUGGAGAUGGAAUCUCAUCAAAACAUUCAUCAUGCUCUGAAAAGGCCCCUUUGCAUGAAAAACUUACAGGAGAGCUUCCUAUUAGCCACGGGUGUAGCAUGACACAAACUGUUUUCAAUGGUCUCAAUGUGAUGGCUGGAAUCGGUCUUCUUUCUACUCCAUUCACUGUCAAAGAAGCUGGCUGGGCUAGCAUAGCAGUUUUGGUUAUUUUUGCUGUUAUUUGUUGCUAUACAGCUUCUCUUAUGAAGCUGUGUUUUGAAAGCAAAGAUGGCAUGACAGCUUAUCCUGACAUGGGUGAGGCCGCAUUUGGAAGAUAUGGACGCAUUAUCGCAUCUGUAAGUUGAGUUCAAUAGAACUCAUAAUUGGGUAUGGGGUCAUUCAAUCGAACGAUAAAUCCCAUAAUGCAUAUGGGUCAAAGCAUACUAAAAUAUUGAAUUCUCACAAAUUCAAUCGAUUAGCUGGUUUAAAUCAAGGUCAUAUAAACUCAUGACUCUUUAUAAUUUUUCAAUGUGCCACUGUUAACAAAAUCCCAACACUUUAAGCCAAAAUUUUUAAAGUUUACUUUGGAUGUAUUUCACUUAGUUUUAUUGGUUUAUUUAUCUUGAAUAGUGUACCUGUGGUAAUAUAUACAUUAGCUGAUACUAUGUUGUGUUUGACUUGUGUACAGAUAAUUUUGUUUACGGAAUUAUAUGUAAGUGAUUCUUGCUUUCAGUUUAGCACUUCUCAGCAUUAAUUUCAUGUCUAAAAGUAUAAUCUUGUACUCUUUUAGACAUACUGUGUUGAGUUUAUCAUAUUAGAGGGAGAUAAUCUCACAACACUAUUUCCUGGAGCUUCCUUAAACUGGAAUGGUUUAAGUCUAGAUUCUACCCAUUUAUUUGGAAUUCUCACUGCUCUAAUAGUUCUACCAACUCUUUGUCUGAGGGAUGUUCGGCUAAUAUCAUUUCUUUCAGGUGCGCAUAUCAAACUUCUUUCUCUAUCUUUCGCCAUAUUUUCUUUUAAUAAUUUCCCCCCGUUUUCAUCCUAUUAUAAUUCUUAGUGUUCUUGGAACGAAACAAGCCCUAAAAGAGCAUUUGUGUUGAAUUAAAAUCUGAUAAAAUACUUGAUAUUUGCUUCUUGCUGCAGCAUGUGGCGUUGUUGCAACUAUAGCCAUUGUGGUUUCUGUAGCUAUACUCAGUGCAGUAGAUGGAAUGAGAACACCCCAAACAGGUCAAUUGGUAAAGUGGAGUGGCAUUCCAUUUGCUAUAGGUGUGUAUGGAUUUUGUUAUGCUGGUCAUUCUGUCUUUCCCAAUAUCUACCAAUCAAUGGCAGAUAAGAAGAAAUUCCCCAAGGCAAUGGUCAUAUGGUACGGAAUCUAACUUCAUUUAUAACUUGCAAUGCACCCCACACAUUGUAGUGUAAUUGUUAAUGUUUUUUUAAUCAGAAACUACUCACAUUUCGCGCACCGUACACGAGGAAAACUUUCUCACCAUAUUGCUUAGGUUCGUAUUGAGAUUGAGACUCAAACUAGGUCUUAUAUGUUCUUUUGCUUUUUGGGCUCCUUUAGAAAUAUUCACCGGGGUACCUUUGCAGCUUUAUUUUGUGUAUUACAUUGUAUGGGAGUGUGGCCAUUAUGGGAUAUUUAAUGUACGGUCAGAGCACGUUGUCACAGAUCACUCUGAAUAUGCCACCCGAUUCUAUUGCUUCAAAGAUUGCAGUGUGGACGACGGUUAUCAACCCAUUCACAAAAUAUGCACUGAUGAUGAAUCCACUGGCUAGAGCCUUGGAGGAGUUGCUGCCUGAGAGAGUGUCCAGUAGUGUGUGUUGUUUUAUCCUACUAAGGGCACUUCUUCUCAUUUCCACUGUUUGUGUUGCAUUUCUUCUUCCUUUCUUCGGCCUUGUGAUGGCUUUAGUUGGCUCCCUUUUAAGCAUACUAGUGGUAAUCAGAUCUCUAUAUGAUCACCAUCAUGACCUUAUUCCUAACUCUAUUGGGUUCAAAUUUAUAGCAUCAAUUAAUUUUAUAAGAGUACCAUAAAAUCUCUAAAUAUGA